UCCCGGCUGCGCGCUUAUCAUGGGGACUCCAUGACCUCGCUGGGCACCAAACCGGACUCAAGCUCUGCCAUCUACCGGGGUGGAUUCAGGUCUGCUCCAUGUGUCUUCUCAUUCCUGGACUGAGGCUGAAGGAGCCACCCUGAGUUAGACAUGCUCUUCUCAUGGAAGAAAGUGCAGGAGAAAGAAGCUGCACACAAAUUGGAUUUAAAGUUCUGCUGGGAUGUAUUGGAAUUCCUGUGUGCUCACAUUCCAUUAGACAAAGAGAAUUAUGAGCAGAUGAAAGCACUAGUAAAUCAACUCCAUGAACGAAUGCAGCACAUAAAACUAGGAGGUGGUGAGAAAGCCCGAGCGCGGCAUAUAUCAAGAGGAAAACUGUUACCCAGAGAAAGAAUUGACAAUCUUAUAGACCCUGGGUCUCCAUUUCUAGAAUUAUCUCAAUUUGCAGGUUAUCAGUUAUAUGACAAUGAGGAGGUCCCUGCAGGUGGCAUUAUUACAGGCAUUGGAAGAGUAUCAGGAGUAGAAUGUAUGAUUAUUGCCAAUGAUGCCACUGUCAAAGGAGGCACCUACUACCCAGUGACGGUGAAAAAACAUUUACGGGCACAAGAAAUUGCAAUGCAGAACAGGCUCCCCUGCAUCUACUUGGUUGAUUCAGGAGGGGCAAAUUUACCUCUACAAGCGGAUGUAUUUCCAGAUCGAGAUCACUUUGGCCGUAUAUUCUAUAAUCAGGCAAAUAUGUCUUCUAAAAAUAUUACACAGAUAGCAGUGGUCAUGGGCUCUUGUACAGCAGGAGGUGCUUAUGUGCCUGCAAUGGCGGAUGAAAACAUCAUUGUGCGCAAGCAGGGUACCAUCUUCUUGGGAGGACCCCCCUUGGUUAAAGCGGCAACUGGAGAAGAGGUGUCCCCUGAGGAUCUUGGAGGUGCUGAUCUUCAUUGCAGAAAGUCUGGAGUAGCUGACCACUAUGCUUUGGACGAUCAUCACGCCCUUCACUUAACUAGGAAGAUCGCGAAGAGUCUCAAUUAUCAGAAGAAAUUGGAUGUUACCAUUGAACCUCCUGAAGAUCCUUUAUUUCCUGCUGAUGAAUUGUAUGGACUAGUUGGUGCCAACCUUAAGAGGACCUUUGAUAUUCGAGAGGUCAUUGCUAGAAUCGUGGAUGGAAGCAGAUUCAAUGAAUUCAAAGCCUUAUAUGGAGACACAUUAGUUACAGGAUUUGCUCGAAUAUUUGGAUACCCAGUAGGUAUCAUUGGAAACAAUGGAGUUCUCUUUUCUGAGUCUGCAAAAAAGGGUGCUCACUUCAUACAGUUAUGCUGCCAAAGAAAUACUCCUCUACUGUUCCUUCAAAACAUUACUGGAUUUAUGGUUGGUAGAGACUAUGAAGCUGAAGGAAUCACCAAAGAUGGUGCCAAGAUGGUGACUGCUGUGGCCUGUGCCCAAGUGCCUAAGAUAACCGUCAUCAUUGGGGGAUCCUAUGGGGCUGGAAACUAUGGGAUGUGUGGCAGAGCAUUCAGCCCAAGGUUUCUCUACCUCUGGCCAAAUGCACGUAUCUCAGUGAUGGGCGGAGAGCAGGCAGCCAAUGUGUUAGCCACAGUAGUAAAGGAGCAAAAAGCACGAGAAGGAAAACAGUUCUCCAGUGCUGAAGAAGCAGCUUUAAAAGAGCCCAUCAUUAAGAGGUUCGAAGAGGAAGGAAACCCUUACUAUUCCAGUGCAAGGGUGUGGGAUGAUGGAAUUAUUGAUCCAGUGGACACCAGACUGGUCCUGGGUCUCAGUAUUAGUGUAGCCCUCAACGCACCAAUACCGAAGACUGACUUUGGCGUCAUGAGGAUGUAAUGGAUUAUAAAAUGUUUUCCGUUGGACAUGUACCAAAAAUUAAUGUAUGUGGUAGCCUUAAAAUUUUAAACUUUUUGAACAUGUAGCUAUUACAGUAAAUUUUCUUUAACAUAAUGCAUUGUACUUUUCUACCUUAAAAAAAUCAGUGAGGGUAUUUAUUUAAUGAACAUUAAUUCCUUUUAUAUUUUUUUUUAGAGAAAUUUCUCUGUGGUUCAGUUUUACUACACAUAAAAUGAAGAUAAUAAUUCACAGUUAUCCUUUCUAACCUACAAGCAGUGUGAAAAGUUCUAUAUUCUAUAAAUUCCAGAUAUUACUGAGAUUAUUAAAAUAAAAUUGUAUUUUCAC